AUGGGUAUUUUUGGACUAACUACAUAUAUAAACGAUAAUUCAGAACUUUAUUUGAAAUGUUACAACUUACAUGAUACGUAUUUAAUAAUUGAUGGAAACAACAUCGCUUAUCAAAUAUAUACAUUUUAUGCCAAAUGUAAUUGUGUAUUUGGUGGUGAUUACAGUGAUUAUUCAGAAUGUGUGACAAAAUUCUUUGACAAUUUAUUAAAAUGUAAUAUUACACCUUUAAUUAUAUUUGAUGGUUUAACUGAAUCAAAGAAAUUAAAAUCGUGUAUUAAUUGUUGCAAACGAAAGAUAAAGAAUGCAUUACAAUUUGACGUACAUAGUCAAAGAAACAUGAAGCAUUAUCCUUUAUUUGUACACCGUAUUUUUAUGUCUAUAAUAAAAGAAAAAAAUAUAUGUCAUGUACAGGAUCUAAUGGAAGCUGAUGCUAGUAUAGCUACAUUGGCAAAGACCUUAAAUUGUCCAGUUCUCAGCAUUGAUUCAGAUUUUUAUAUAUUUGAUAUAUCAUACAUACCAUUUAAUACAUUGGACAUUAAUAUAAUUAAAAGUUCUACUGGACAUAAUUAUAUAAAAUGUAAAAUAUAUAAACUUAAAUACUUAGUACAAUGUUUUGAUGGAUUACAUAAAUCAGUAAUACCAUUAUUUGCAACACUGUUGGGCAAUGAUUAUGUGGAUUGUAAUGUAUUUAAGCAUUUCUUUCAUCAGCUAGGAUUAGUAAGAGUAUCAAGAACACAGCGUAUAGAAAGAAUUUUGGUUUGGUUAUGUCAUUUUAAUUUAAAUAAUGCUAUCACUAAUAUCUUACAUAAAUUAACCAUAUCUAUUCGCCAGACAAUAUUAAAUUUAAUAGUAGCCAAUAUAAAUCAUUAUAAUAAUCUACCUACUAGAAUACUUAAAGCUUUCAACUUCCCAAAUGAUUAUAUUAUUCAAAUAAGCACAUAUCAUUUGAAGAGAAGACUUGAAUUUAAUGAAGAUAUUAAAACAUUGAUAUGCAUGCAAUGCGAUGAUGAAAAAGAAGUAGUAGUAGAAAAAGAUGAAAAUAUAAAUGUGAUUAAUAAUUUACCUCAAUGGUUUUUGAAGAAAUAUCAGACAGCUAUGAUACCAAGUUAUUUUAUGGAUUUAAUUGUUCAUCAUUUCUAUAUUCCUUAUGCACAGAUAGAAGAUUAUUUUCAUACACCUAUUAUUCAAUGUAGUCUAGAAAUUCUUCAAAUUAUAUUUGGAUUUUUGAAAUCACUAAUGAAUAGUGAAAUAUGUUAUAUGAGCUACAUAAAGAGAUGUAAUUUCAAACACAAUAUUUCAACAGUGAAGUUGAAGUACAUAGAUACCAUAAAAUAUGGUUUAGAGAAUACAAGUGUUUAUAAACUUAAUUCUUUAGCUAGUCUUGAAGAAACUCCAUUAGUUAUAAAAAUGAUAAUUUUUGAUUAUAUUGUGGGCAUCACAGAUAUUAAUUUUAUAAAUGAACUUCCACAAGAAUGGAUAGUCUAUGUUGCAUGUAUUAAUUAUUGGAUACAGAAACAGAAGAAUCCUGUAUCUCAUAGAUGUUAUCUAUAUUCUUUGUUUAUUUGUAUGCUGUUUAAUAUAAUAGAUUCUAAAAUUGGGAAAUACAGAUUUAUGAAUACUUUUCUCAGUAAAUAUCAGAAGACAAUUGAAACUAUAUCUGAGAAAAGAAAAAAGAAUUAUCAUAAGUUGUGCAAUGUUAUGAUAAAUAACACAAUCAUUAAAGAUUUUAAUGAAAUUGAUUAUGAUGAUUGUCUACUGGCAGCACCAUUUUUUAUUUCUAACUUUAAAAUGGAUCAGAAAUUACUUACAAAUCCAAAAAUGUUUGACAGAGGUAUAGUGCAUACAUUUUCAGAAUUUCAGUGUUGUUUAAUACAUAUGAUGGAUUUGAAUGAAUUAUUAGGCUGCCCUUAUCUACAAACCAAAAUUGAAAAUGUAUUUCAUGGUACUUUAUUAUACAAUCUGUGUAGUAAUUUUAAAACACGCUCUAACAUUGACGAAUAUAUCAAUAUCACUUUUCAUAUGUCUCCCAGCCUUUUGAAAUUAUUUAAUAUACUUUUAUUCAAAACUAAAUCAAGGUUUCCCUCUAUAUUUCAAGAUUAG